AUGCCGAAGCAAAUUCUCCCCGCCCUUGGACCAAAGCCGCCGUCGAGGCGCACUUCGACGCAGCAUGGGCUUCCCGUCUUCGGGUUGUUUUCCCCUAACAACCCCCCUGAUGCCUUUAACAUCCCAAAAACACUAACAGCAAGCAUUCCAGUUCCCAACACAGUCAAUGUUGCCGUCGGAUUCACCCUGAUUUCUUCGGGGUCUCCAGACUCUUGGCUACUUGGCACGCUCAAGUUAAGGAAGCGGAAUAGAAGGCCAAGGCUUUCAGGAUCCGGCAUUACGAUAGUUCAAGAUUCUCUGAGUUCGCGUAUAUUUCAAGCCUUGCCCAGUGUCUUGUUUCGUCCCAUCUCAACACCGAUCAUCCGGUUCGAAGUACCGGAUGCCAGACAAUUUUGCAUGUUUCCUGCACGCGCGUACACUCGCAGAGACCUUGAUUCUACGAUACCCUGGGUCGAGGCCGUGCUGGCGAAGCAUCUGGUGGGUGAACGGCCAAUGAACCUCACGCAAAUGUCAGCUGAACCGUUGACUCGUCAUCCAAACUUUCUACAUGCCAUAUUCCGAUCAGUCGGUAUGCACGGGUGGCGGUUGGGCAACUGCCGAUUGGCUUCCUCGAAAUUGAGAUACAAGCAUAUUCGGAAGGGAAGCGGGAGGCUUUCGACGGGGCUUGACUAUGGACGAACCCGGCCUCGCCCACAUGCAGUGCACCGUGAUUGCGUUACAGAAAACCCCAUUUUUAUACAAUCCUGCGGUCUAGCUCUACAGCCCGGUCUACUCUGGACGGUCUGUACGGAUACGAAUAGUCGUGCCGGUACCCAGUUCAUCACCUGCAGAGAAUCCGGCAGGGGAAGCAGACGACCCCAAGGCAAAGCAAAGAGUCAGGUCUGGACGGAUUUGGGGGACGCUAAGCCUUCGAAGGCUGGACACUUUGCUUGGCAACUUGGCAAAAAGAUCACCCCGUUCUCACUCAACAGAGCCUCUGCCUCUGCUACGACUUUGUCCACUGGGACAAAGAUCCAGAUCGGGAACAUCCCGACAACCCCCGAAAACACCCAACAUUGGCGCAUUGUCAAGAGUCAAGAAUUUAGAGUAACAAGGUGCAAAAUACAGGGAUUCGACGGGAAGUGGGAACACAAACAGACUACGUACCCGGCACCUAAGCCACACCAUCAUGCGCUCCGUAGCCUCCGCUCCGUCGAUCAUCACUGGCGGCGGACGCUGAAAGGCCCAACGUUGACGCGUCGCGCUAUCGGAGACUCUCCCUAUUCCAUCCAUCCCACUCGGCCGAAUGACGACGGACUGGAACUCGUCAACGACUCUCGGGCUGGCUCUGAGAGAAAGCAUUUACCGCUACUAUUGAGCAAUCGAAAUCACUUCAUUUCAUCCAAAACCUCGACUGUCUGUAUCUUGAUAAAACCCGAGACCGAAAACGGCCCCCACAAACCCGCGAUUCAGCAUCUGAAGAUGAUCGCCCUGUCUUCAAAACCAUACGAGGAUUCUACAGCCGGCCACCAUCUGGUACAACUCUUUAAUGGGAAUCGCGAACCUUCUGGGGUCCGCAACCGGGUCUUCGACCGCAUACGGCGAUACCUGGAAGCCCAGCCUGGCCUGCAAUACGUAUGGAUAGAUAUGCACUGCAUCUGCCAGGAGCCGGGCCCAGAGAAGACUCGGGGUAUGCAGGCAAUGGAUAUGGUCUACAAGCUGAGCAAUCACCCCAUUGCUCUGCUAGCGCGACCGAUCGAAUCACACGAAGAGCUUUGCCUUCUCGCAGACGUUUUCCAGGGCAAUUUUGUGUCAAAACAUGCUUCUGGAGAGUUCCGCUUAAGUUCCUUCGCAGAGAGUGCCCUGGAAAGGCUUCGUAGAGCAUUGUCCCUUCUCGACGCCAUAACCUCCGAUCUUUGGUGGACAAGAGCCUGGACUUUUCAGGAAAACUAUCGUUGCGAUGGACAAAUGACACUACUCAUCUCUCAUCCAGAAGAUGGUGAAAUAUUCAGGGAGAAGACAAAGAAGGAAAAAGUCUUCGGUAACGUAGUGGGCGACAUAUCGAUCUCAUCUCGAAAGUUCCAGACGGAAUCCACAAAACUAUGCCAAGCCUGCAUAAUUGCAGAGGAUGGCCGUGUUCCCGGUCUGUCCGAUGUUGCUGAACAAAUUCUCAAGACAACUUCCAAUUACGAGUUCCUAUUACGGGAGACCAUGCCCGAUGGACGAUAUUCUGCCCCCUGGUCACAGUCGCCGAGGAUCAUAAAGGAUAUUGAGUUCUGCGGCAGCAAAUUCUGCCACGAUAGAUUGGCCAUAGUCGCAAAUUGCUGCCACUGCUCCAUCAGGCUAGAUGACGCCAUCUUACGGCAAGGAUCAAACAGCAUGAGUCUAUCUAUGCUCGCCCUUUACCUCUUGAAUGGAGAGAUCAUGGAGGACACAUGUGAAGAAAAGGAAGAGGACCGUACUUGGGUGAGAUGUCGGAAGCAAACAGUCUCCGACUUCGUCACGGACCAGUCCUUCGAUGGCUUUUGUCCACCUCUACUGAGGCGUCCUCUUGUCUUCAAUAAUGGGUGCCGAUUCAUUGACGCUCGGCUAACACAUGAGGGCUUGGAGACCGCUGGUCAUCUAUGGAAGCUGGAUCGUGUCAUACAACCAGAAAAGUACGCGACCCGCCUGAGCCGCCAGGGUUCCCUUCCUGCGUGA